AUGCCCACCACCGUUGUUGUCGGCGCCUCGCGCGGAAUUGGGUACCAAUUCAUCCAAACCCUCGCCUUGGAAGGAAACACCGUGAUUGCCACCGCCCGCAAUGUCGCCGACCUCGAGGGCAACGUGAAAGCCGACAAGAUCCCAAAUACACACGUAGUUCAAGCCGAUCUCACAUCCGCAGACUCCCUGAUAGCCGCCGCCAAGGCCACAUCGUCCCUCGUCGAUGGCCAGAUUGACCACCUGCUCAUCAACGGCGCCUUCCUCUCAUCGACGGGCGGUAUGAACCCCACCGAUUUCGCCGACAAGCCAGAGCUCUUCCUCGAGGAGCUCAAGAAGAGUGUCGAGGCAAACAUCGCCGGCCCCCUCUUCGCGAUCAACGCCUUCCUGCCGCUCCUCCGCGCAGGCAAGGAAAAGCGCGUGACGUACAUUUCCACCGGCGUCGCCUACGUGCCCGAGACCAUCGACACGCGUAUCUCGAACUCGGUGCCCUAUUCCGUGAGCAAGGCGGGUGGGAAUAUGGUUAUUGCCAAGUUUGCGGCUGAGCUGCAGGACGAGGGGUUUACUUUUCUGAGUAUUGCGCCCGGCGGGGUGGCGACGGAGGCGAUGACGGACAUGUCGAAGUUCACCGACGAAGAGAUGGCGAAGAUGCAGGUCAUGCUUGGCAGGAUGAUGCAGAAGUACCCGGAGUGGAAGGGCCUCAUCUCUCCCGAGGAGUGCGUAAAGAGGAUUCUCAACGUUGUAAAGAAUUCAAAGGUGGAGCAGAGCGGCCAGUUCUUAAGCUACUGGGGCAACACCACUCAAUGGCUGUAA